UUGGUAAACAAUCCUCAGCAGAUGACAAACUCUAACAAUAGAUCGAUAUGUUAUAUGUAAUUUGAUCUAAUUGUUUGUUAUCGCUUCUGUCAUCACGCUGAGAAAAUGCAGGCACCGGACCACGUGACCAUAUUUUUAUUGGCUCCCGACAUAUUAUCGCGAGCCCUUUGAAGUUUGCCGGCUAGCCUAACCAUUUCCCUCGAUUAACUGUGAUGAAAACAACUUGCAGCGAAAUGACAACAGAGGAAACGACAUAUAUAAUGAUGCUUAUAUAAACAGCAAAACGUAAGCACAACAUAUGGUACCUUGACCAUAGCAUUGUCAUUGUAAAGUCCUGUUCAGUGCUAGUGUCUGCAGUACUUUAAUGCUGCAAUUCUUGAUCAUGCACAGAUCAGAGGUCUUUGACAGCCAGGUUGGAUCCAAAAUAGUAUAGAUACCCUCUUCUUUAUAUUAUAAGAUAAUAUUCAACAUCUAACAGCAUGAUAGACAGGGUUCUCCUUAUCAGGCGGUAACCGGUAAAAUUUACCGUCUCCAGCACCAGUGUUUACCGCCUAUGAGCGGCUUGGAGUUUGUUUAUAUAUUUGUUAAAAACGAUAAAAUACAUAGUGCAAAAAUAGUGUAAUCACCUCAUAUAUAUUUCUGAGAUAUGUAACCAUUAUAUUUUUUUCCGUACAUUUAACAAAGUGACACUAUGGGUAGUGUAUGAGUAUCUAAAGUAUCUAAAACCGAUCGAUCGAGAACAAUUUUUGGCGGGCGUUCUUAUUAAUUCAAUUAAACGUACGAGAAACGUGAAGGCACAAUCCACUCACGUGCAUGCACGUGUGGGAACACUGGGAACUGAGCGAAGACUAAAGUAAACGUGAUGAAGCGUCAGCGAACUAUAGAGUCAUUUUCAAACUUUUUCCUAAACAAAACUCCACGGCAAGGAUCAGGUAGGAAUAAGAGUAUUGACAGAGGUAGGAAUAAGAAUAUUGCUGUGUAAACAUUAUAGUUUACUAAGAUUUAGUAAACUAUAAUAAUAGACAAUAGCUAAAUAAUAAUAUAUUUGUAAAUUUAUAAGCCGCGACAUUUUAGGUGUGUGUACAUUGCAAAUUUUAAUCGUUGGGUUCAAUACUAUACGAACUGUAUCCACACUCCACGGCACACGCACAACAUUAUCAAUUCAGUUAAUAUUUAAAUUGAUUCUGUUGUCUUUGUUUCCCAUUGUCGCACUUCAGGCUUGUAGACCAUUAAACUGGGGUUAUACAAAGAAUAAUCGGUGCCAUAUUAAUGUCUGUUGUAUUUAUAUACAACUGUACUUGUACUUUGUAGUUGUCAAAUAGUACCUUCUCACUUCCUUGAAAAGCAAAUACUUUCAAGAAAUACGAGAAUUGAAGCCUGAAGGAACACUUAUUUAGUGUACUUAUUGUUGUCAUGAUUGCUCCUAGCGUAGUAUAUGCACUGCAUACGCAACACUACAAUUAUUUAUUACAAUUUAUACAAUAACUGAUCCUAUUUCUUUGUUGAGCCGUUCAGUAUAAAAAAAAACUGAGCAGACGUCUCUGUGUGGAACACACGUUUUUAACUAUAUUUGUAUUUUUUGUGUUAUAAAAAUUUGCGUGUAUUAUAAACAAUUGAUCAGUUUGCCAAUAUUUAAAAUAAACAAAUUUAAUGGCUAAUUAUAGAAAACGAAACCACAUCGUCAGCAGCCGUGCUUCCGCUUUAAUGGAAUUUCCUUCUCAAAGGAAAUUUUGAAAAAAUAAAUAAGAUUCCUGCCGAGUGAACUAGCUCGGCAGGAAUCUUGGCCUGCCAGUGAACUAGCUCGGCAGGAAUCUUCUAUAAGAGAAAAUAUCUAUCUUUUAGAUGACAACAAUGACAUCCUCGAUAAUCAGGAAGCUUCAACUGAAGAAAUACCUUCAGAAACACCAGCUAGUUUAACUUUAAUAGAAACUGAAACGCCAGCUUUAAUUGGCGAACCAUCCUCAGACACACCAGUUUCAAGUUACAAACCACCUGCAGAAACGGCACAAGCUUUCGAAGGCAAACUUUCCUCACACUCUCAGUCACGACCAUCACCAUUUGAAUUUUCUGAAACACAGCAUGUGUGCAUGAUAAAAGAAAUAUUUGAUACUGACAGUGUAAGUGAAUGUGAUCAUGUAUUACACAAUCACACGCUGUGCUCCAAGUCUGGCUGUAAGUCACUAACUGCCAGUGAACUAGCUCGGCAGGAAUCUUCUAAGCCUCAUGUUUUCAAACACGAAUGGAUUCAUGACGAAAUUGGAUUUUGUAGUAAGACACAUAUAUGGUGGUUGACACUUCACGAGGGGAAGGGGAUGUUCUGUUGCCUUUGUAAGAAACACCUCAAAGCCAACAAGUGCACAAAGUAUGCUACAAUACCUGGCACACGAUACAGAAAGGUAGCAAUAAUAGAACACGGCUCUUCAGAAGAACACGCACAAUCAAUACGGCAAGAACUACUUCAGCGGGUAUCGUGGUUCCAAAAAGAGCUGAAUAAAAAAGCAGAAGUUGCUGAUGAAGUACUGGUAAAAGCUUUUGCUGCAUUUUAUUUCACUGCCAAAGAAGAAAUGGCCAAUUCGAAAGUUAUGCCACUCAUUAACUUUCUAAGACAUUAUGGUAGCCCUGAUAUGAAAUACUUUGAUCACAAAUCAGAAAGGUGCAAGCAAGAAAUUUACCUAGCUAUUGGUGAAACCCUUAAAGCUCAAGUAGUCAAAGAAGUAGCGUGUGCACGUUUCUUUUCUUUGCUUUCUGAUGAGGUAAGUGAUGUUGCUGUAACAGAGCAAUUAGUCACUUUUGUCCAGUAUGUCAGCAGUGAUGUUCAGGUGGACACCAAAUUUUUGUCCGUGCGAAACCUCCUAGAGCACCACAAUAGUGCCGAUGCAGAUGCGAUUGUGGAUAUGUUUGCUCAAGAGAUAGAGGAAGAUAAGCUUCAGUGGGCUUCAUUGGCAGGAUUAGAGUCCGAUGGCACAUCUGUAUUCACAGGCAAAAGGGGCGGAGUUGGCGUGAAACUUAAGAAAAAGCAGGAGGAGCAUAUGGGGGGUCGGUCACCCAUAAUGCAACAGCUAUGGUGUGUAUGCCAUCGUUUGGCAUUGGCAUGCGCUGGCGCCAACAACACAGUAAAAUACGUCACUCUUGUUGAAACUAAUUUGCGCCAGUUAUGGUCUUUGUUUGAAAAUUCAAACAAGAAGACAGCAAUUUAUGUCAAGGUUCAAAUGAACAUGAAGAGCCUAAACUCAACCCCAAAAACCAGGAGCAAAGUCACGCGCAAGGUGAAAAAGGCAUGUCGAACAAGGUGGCUAUCAUUGGGGAAAGCGGUCAAGAGUCUGCAUCAAGACUACGCGGCAGUUCUAACAACCCUGAAAGUACUCGACGACGAGCAGCAUGAUGCGGCCGCAAAAGGAUUGUUUAUGCGCUUGAACACCUUCAAAUUCAUUGCGACAACUUACAUCUUGAACAGGCUGAUUCCGAUUUUGGACUUAGUCUCCAAGUCAUUCCAAAAAGGGUCAGUAACCUUUUCACACAUAGCACCAAAUCUUGCAUAUGCAAAGGCGAAGCUUAAAGAAGAAGCGCUUAGUCACAAAGCAAUCCAUGAUGCUGUCCAAGAUCUGAAACCCAAUGGUCGUCUGUCUGUCCAAGGUGUCGAAGUACAAGUUACAGAGUGUGGUCUUGUUGAGGUGGAUAACCUGCUUCAUCGAUAUGUCGCUGCUCUUACCCAACAUCUUGAUGAACGCUUUCAAGAAAGUCUCCCAUUGUUUUCUCUGUUCUCGAUCUUUGAUCCUUCUUUGUUGCCUGCUGUAGACUCAACAGAGUUUUCGGAAUAUGGGAAAGGCGAAAUCAGCGAUAUUGGAAAGAUAUAUGUUCCAAAUAGAAUACCCGAAGUGGUUGCAGAGUUCGAGUUGUUCAAGUUCCACAUGGCUAAGUUCAAGAUUCCUGAACCAAGUAAGCUGGUGGGUGAAACACAAACCGAAGUUGUGUUGAAGAAACUUGUACAUAUGAAGCUCCUUUUCCCACUUCUUAGUUUAUUUGCAGAAGCAAUCCUGAGCUUGCCAAUAUCAAACGCCUGGCCGGAGCGUGGCGGUAGCGCGAUAAAGAGAAUUAAAACAAGACUCAGGUCUCGCCUCUCAAAUAAAAUGCUAGAAAGUCUACUUCACAUAUCCAUAAAUGGCCCUGAAAUUUGCACAGAAGAGUGCGAUCAGCUCAUUCGGGAGGCUGUUCAGCUAUGGCUCGACAAGAAAAAAACGGAUAGGAGGAAGUUACCGAAAAGAGCACCAGGGUUUGUCUCUUCACACAGGAAAGUGUUUGUGAGCACUGGUACUCAGUCUGACUCUGAACCUAUGUUGCAGGUAAAUAUAACUGCCGAUUUCUCAAAUUUUUUAUUAAGUAAAACGUUAUUUUUUAGUGUAAUAUUGCUAUAAAAAAUUUAUUUCAUAGACAAUGACACUCACUGACUGUCUGUUGCAAAAGUAUUUGCUUAUCACAAGUUAUAUAAUUAUCUAUCCAAAAUCAAAUAUGUAAUGGUCCAGUUAACGAACUGCUAAUGUAGUAUUAGUAGUCUGUACACAUAUAUACAUGAUACUUCCUAAUCAAUAUCUUCUUCAAUUACUUCAAGGUGGAUUCACUUUCGGUAAAUGCAGAUGGUUCACCGAAGCAGAUAGAGGUUGACCUAAAUGAGGAUCCAGAGUCUGAUCCAGAUGGUGACCUUGCUGCUAAAACUGUUACGGACAAAGCAGCCUAUGUAGACCCCGCUGCUGGAAUAGAUAAUGCUGCUUUGAAUGACACGCAGAUUCUAUUUUUAAUGAACGUGUCCCCAGAUGAAUAUAACGACUGCAUAGAAGAUAAUGAUGAUCUUUCUGCGAACGAAUCUGGAUUGUCGGAUGAAGAACUAGAGUUCUAGUUAGGUUACGUCCUAGUGUCCUAGACUUACACAUGUAUUAGUAAUUACACAAUUACAGUUGGUUUCAGCAAACGUUUGAAGCUAGAGUUUCGAACUUUAUUGUUUAUUAGUAAUGAUAUCAUUUGAUAUCAAUAUGAUGCCAUUAAUAGUUCAUAAGUUUAAUUUAUGUAUCUUUAUAUAGUGCAACUAUACAUUUCUUUACAAAUGGCAAACCUUUGCUCUCAGUACAACGUUAGUAUACAAGUUGUGUAAAAUUACUUAAUCAUCAGUCCAUAAACCGCUUGUACUUAGUUCGAUUCUGAAAAUGCCAAAUUUCAAAAUGUUCCUGAGGACCAUGCCCCAGACCCCCUAGGGAGCGGGGUCUAUGAACCCGCGACGAUGGUUUACCUGUUGAGAAAACACUUUUACCUGUUGUACUCACAUUUGUGGAGAACCCUGGAUAGAUACCCUCUUCUUUAUAUUGUAAGAUAAUAUUCAACAUCUAACAGCGUGUUGCUUUUCAGACAGCAAAUGCUUUCCAAAACAGAGUCUAUGAUCACUCCUUGCAGCCAGAAUAAGUUACAUUGUCGAAUGUUUAAAUAAUCUGUAAGUGUGUACCAUAAAAUUAUACUAAACUUGAUUGUGAAUAUGUUUUUUGCGGCAUAAAAACUGUUCAUACAUUGGCAUAAUUUCUACUGUUUUCAGCCUGUCAGGGUUCUCAAGUACCAAAUGGCGAAGUAUUCAAAUAAAAUUUAAUUUAGCAUUGACUGACAGACGAGCCAAUAAGCGAAGAGAUACCAAUACACACAGUGUUCUGAUUGGCACAGAAUCAAUUUGCAAGCUUGCCAGUUUUGACUUGCGACUUGCUCAAAACUGGCUUAAAGUCUAAACAAUCUGACCAUUUGUGCCCUGGAGAUGGGAAUGAGAAAAAUAGUUGUAAAAACGAUAAGGUACAUUAGUGAUAACGAUUAAUACAUAUUAAAUGACUGAUAAGGUUUGAUCGUAUGAUGGUUAAUUGACAUUUUCCCUCUACUUCUUGUUAAUUUCAACUUUGUUACCAGGGCAUACAGUAAGUUCAUUGGUUCCAUGCUGUUUGACAGACUUAAAUCCAAUGCUAUUUAGCAUGCAAGAAAAUCGGUCAGAAACCCACAAAGUUUUUCAAGUUUAAAAUUUUAGUUUUUCAAAAAUAAUGAACAAUGACAAUACUGUUGCAAAGAAGGAUUUUACAGCAAGUUUUAAAAGCAAAAAAAGAAGUUUUUUAAUGAUCUACAACAAAAAUUUGGCAUGAAAUUAAAUUGAAAGGGUAAUUUUGAGUAGAAAUAUGCGAUCAAACACUCACCAAAUUCGACUGCAUUAAAGUUGGUUGAAUCUAGUUUAAAGUGAUCUUUUUAGCCAAACUGUUUAUGCAAAUUUGGGCGCAAUGUCGACUGUUUUCGUCACCCCAUUGUUGGUCUUCUUGUUGAAGUUGCUAUUUUAGCUAAAGUAUGUUUCAAACGACACCAGAUUAAAUUACUGUGUGCGUAUGUGCCCUUUUUUUUGGCAAGAGUACUUCGAGUAUUAAAUUACACUAAAUAAGUAGGAUAUUCCAAAAUCACUGUUAUAUCUAUUUUCAUAAAUUUAUUAGUCUUAAAAUAACAACUCGUUUCAGACAUAUUGUGGUUUGAAAUAAGCGUAUUGAAUUAAUGCGCUUGCUUGCUGUGUGCGAAUUCUCAAAAAGUCUGCACUUGAUUUCUAAUGCUUUUAAAAUGCUUUUUGUAUUGGGUUUUAUAUCCCCAUAAAACUUUAAAUCGAUAUGAUAGAUAGUAAUGUUGAUGCAACCUCAUCUUCUAGUAACUACAUGUUGAAUCAGAAUGAAAAGUUAUCAAAAUAGGUCGCGACGGUUGUUUGUCGUUGUCGUUCCUAACAAAAACAUAAAUUUAGCCGUCCUUUUGGGCCCAUUGCUCACUUAUUUAUCAUGAAAUCGCUUCACUAGAACAUUUUUAAUAAUGUCUAUGGGAAACUUUGUAAUGUUCUGAACUAAAAGUAUAUGGUUUUGAGGCGUUUAUUUUAUAAGAUAGCACACACAACAAAAUGGCACUAAUGACGGUAAUGUGGUUUCUCACGUCUGACUAUAACAACCAAAGAUGAAAGUUCUUAUUUCACCCUUUUAUAGCUAUGUGGAAUACCUAAUAUUAGAUUGUCUUUUUCAUUUGAGCAUACAGAUAACAUUUCUACACAAUUAAUCCUUAUGAAGGCUUAUUUCAAACUAAAAAAAGCGAUUGUUUUUUAGAGCCAGACUUCAAAAGAGAAUGUGUGUGUCUGACAUUUUAUAGCGGCCUACAUUGACGCGCAACAUAAUUUUGGCUAAAAACGUUGCUUUUCCAACAAAAACAUGAGAACAUUGAGCUAAAAGUCUUACCUGAUGUACGUUUAAAAUGUUUUUCUUUUAAUGGUGUUUUUCAGUGCUUUGAGUAGAGAAGUUAGUAGCUUUUGGUUUUGUCACCACAAUUUGCCUUUGAAAAUGUCAGCUGUCAUUGUCUGUGUUAAAAACACCUCAGAACCUUCCCAUCCUUGGUUUGAAUUGAAAAUAAAUAGAUUCUAGUACCAUAUGUCCUUUUAAAUAUAUUUGAAGUAACUAAAAACUUGAAAGAUGUACAAGCACUGUGUUUUGGCUUCAACACUUUGUUGAAUUUUGAACACUUAGUUACUGUUCUAAAUUUCAUGUUGUAAACAUCUUGCCCCAAAAAAGCAAAGGAGUAUAUUUUAUAAUUUUUUAUCAUUUUCUAAUUCCUAUCUCAAUAGAUGAAAAUUGGUUAUAAUAUAGAUAUGUACUAAUUUAAUAAAUAAUUUUUUCUGGUUUUUAUAUAAAUUUAUGGAGAUAUUGCCCCUGUAGGUAAAGAGUGACAUUAAAAACGAAGUGUCACUGCUUUACAAAUAAAAAUUCUAAAAAACUAAUGAUACAUAUAGGUAUGCAAGUUCAUUUCAACUGAAUUUGGUCAAUCAUAUAUCACUCAUGUUUGGUUUAAAAGACCAGAUUUGUUCAUGCAACUGUUUCUGAGAUAAUGCCAUUUUGGUGAAAGCUCUUGAAUUCAAUCGCAUAUUCACCAUAUUGCUUGGGCUUUGGGAGGUAGAAACAUUGUAACAGCUUGCAUGUUAAUAAGUUAAUUAAAUAGCUUACAUGGGAAAUAACAAUGUUAAUCACAUUUCUUUUCAGAUUCAAUAUCCAGUUGACACCACAGAACAUAAAGAGAUUAUUCCAAUGCAUACCUUUUUAUGUCAAUUAAAAAGACGAUGGAUAGAAAAUAUACGGUUUACAGGGGGGGUGAAUAGGGGUAUACAAAUCCGCCGAUCCGUCCAAAUUUGAAGCAACAUCCGCGAUCCGACAAUGGUCUUGUCUAAAUUUGAAUCUGCUAAAAGCUCUACUAUGAAGUCACAAUCUGAGAUCCGAACUAAAUUGCACGCUAAAUCCACAAUCCGAGUGAAAAAUAUUAGAUAAGUCUGCAAUCCACUGUAUUAAGAUCUGAAAAUCUGUGUAAAAUAUUCGCCAGAUCCGAAAUCCAACCAAUUUUUUCUGUGAAAUCCGACAAUCCAAAAACCUAUUCACCCCCCCCCCCUUUACACCAGGGCAAAUAAGCCAUUAUCGGUAUCUGUCAGUGAAAUUCCACCAUUUAUUGCCCCUAGUGUAGCAAGUCAUCAACCAAUCAACACCAAAAUUCAAAAGAAAAGUGUUUACCUGAAAAAGGAUAUAUUAGGUAAAUCCGUAAAUGUUCUGUUCUACUGUUAUUACCAGACUUUACAGUGUUUAAAAUACCGAAAAAAAACAAUGUUUUCUGGAUGUUUAACCUAUUUGUAUCGGUACGCUUUUAAAUAUUUAACUGGCAUUAAUAUAUUUGUUAUUAAAAGGAAAUCCACCUUUUCUACCGCAUUGCGAAUGAGGUUGAUUACAUGUAUAUAUUAUGAUUUUUUUUUUAAUGAUUUAUUUUUUUCCCUGUGAUGUUACUCUGAGUGUAUAUCCACACCGCGCAAGCUUGAAAAAUAUUCCACAGUGGGAAUCAAACUUACGACCUUUGGAAUACUAGCCCUUGAGUACAUUACACCAACACAGAACUCAACUAGAGGGCACUCAGAGACUGCAUACCUCCGCCUACGUGCAAAAUAUUGAAGUAAUCUAUCGUUAUUAGAAUUUGAAUGGCUGGUGCAUAUAUUAUGCACAUCCUAAUUACGCAUUCAGUAUAAAGUUUUAUUUAAUUGACCGGGAAAAGCAAGACAAACUUUUGUUAUUUCUCAUUCGGUUUUUAACCAAAUUCAACCAAAUUUUAAUCAGUUCUUCCUUAGCCGAUGGGAAAUGCACUCAUAAAAUUUCGUACGGAUAUGUUUGGUAUUUCUUGAGUUAUCGUGCUCACAGACAAACACACACAUACACACACACAUACAAACCCAGAUGAUUACAUAACCUCCUGGCGGAGGUAAAAAUCAUGAAAUAAGUGAGGCAAUUAAAAAACGAAAUUAUUUACACCACUGUGCUAUCUCCACGAACACUCCCCUGUCUUGGCAAUAUUAUAGAACUGCACGUAAUUGAGUAGUUCACUUAAUUAGAGACGCUAAACAUACAUUCUAUACUAAUUCCAUUAAUGCUAAUCUUGAUAAUCCAAAAAAUCUCUGGAAAAUAAUUCGUAAUCUCGCUCCUUCCAGUCACUCUAACUCUCCUAACCACUUGACUAUUGAUAGUAAGACAAUUGACUAAUCCUAAAGAUAUCACUGAUUCAUUUAAUGAUCAUUUCACUAACAUACAAAACUCUGUUUCGCUUAAUAGCUUCACUAAUAAUUCAAAUUGGGACUACCUUUCUAAUUUUCUUUCUUCUAAAAUUCCUCCAAAUACAACCCUUACUAUCCCCCCAAUAUCUGAAAGUUUUGUUCGAAACAGCCUCAAUCAUCUGCCUGAAACUAAAGCCGCUGGUUUAGAUAGAAUUGGUGGAUAUUCUCCUAAAAUAGCUGCAACAGCUAUUUCACCUGCUCUGACAAAGAUAUAUAAUCUCAGUAGUAAUUCGGCUAGUUUUCCUGACUUGUGGAAAAUUGCAAAGGUUUCACCUCUUUUCAAAUCGGGUUCACUUUUUGACCGUUCCAACUUUUGCCCUAUCUCAGUUUUGGCCAUUAUCUCUAAGAUACUUGAACGCCAUGUUCAUAAUUCUUUUUAUCACUUCCUGAGUAUAAUCUUCUUGUUGAAAAUCAAUUUGGGUUUACAACAUCUUGCUCAUGUGAAUUAGCAGUCACUCAUCUUAGUGAUAAAAUUUUAACUAAUAUUGAUAACAAAAAAUUAAAUGGACUUCUUGUUGAUUUCAAAAAGGCUUUUGAUCUUGUUGAUCAUGAAAUCCUAAUUCUAUGCAGGAUUAAACCCUUUUUAACUAAGGACUGUGCUCUUUGUUUCUAUGUAACUCCUGUAUUAAUUUAAGUCUUAUCUACUGCUCUGUAACUUGGGAAAACUGCUCAAAAACACAUUUACUUCGCACUCUUCGACUGCAAAAGCGUGCAGCACGUAUUAUUCUAGACGCGGACUUUUCUACUCCUUCUGUUCUUCUUUUUUCCCAGAUUCGAAUAAUCCCAAUCUUUGAUCUUGUUAAAUUUAGGAAGCUUCUCUUACUAAUUAACAUUCUCACAAAUCCCAGUGCUCCAUCUUCAUUUAAGCAAAUGUUUAAAUUCUUAUCUUCUAUUUGACAACAGGCUCUGACUAGAGCUUGCGCAUAUGACCUUCAACCCCCCUUCCCGCGUACUGACUCUGGUAAACGAACAUUUCUGUACAGUGCUUCCAUUCUUUUUAAUUGCUUAGAUAGCGAUUGUAAGCAACUUGCUGCUUUGCCAUCUUGCUCUUCAUAUACUGACGCCAAACAAAAAAUUCGUAAAAUCUUUCUUAACAAGCUUAACCUUACUAACCAUAUCGAAGAUCUAUUUUGUAUAAAUUGUAAAUAUUUACUAAAUUGUAAUUGUAUUCAUUACUAAUUAUUUUUUUCUCAAAUGCAAAUAGCCGUAAUAUUUAAUACUUUUUAUGCCUGUAAAUAUCACAAUAGUGCAAGGGCCGUAUAUUAGAUAACUUUUACGGUUAAUACUUUUUCCCUCAUGAAAUAAAGUUUCUAUUCUAUUCUAUUCUAUGAUUAUACCAGAUUGCAUUGAUAUCGAAGGAACUAGAUUCUGUUCCGAAAUAUCACAUACUCGAACCAACCUGGCCGCGUAGCUCAGUUGGCAGAGCAUUGGGCUAGUAUUCCAAAGGUCAUAGGUUCGAUUCCCACCGUGCACAGGCAUUUUUCAAGCUUGCACGGUGUGGAUAUACACUCAGAGUAGCAUCACAAGCAUCAUAUUUACCUGUGUGCAUUACACCAACACAGAAAAAAAUCAUGAUUAUACAAGAUUGCAUUGAUAUUGAACGAACUAGAUUCUGUUCCGAAAUAUCAGAUACUCGAACCGACCUGACCGCGCAGCUCAGUUGGCAGAGCAUAUUGGGCUAGUAUUCCAAAGGUCGUAGGUUCGAUUCCCAUCGUGGACAGCCAUAUUUUUCAAGCUUGCGUGUUGUACGAUUAAACCAGUUUUUAGCAUUCCUAGCACAGAUCAGAUUUAAAGAUCUGAUCGAAAAGAUUACACAGCUACAACAUCACACAGCUAUAGCAGCUGUCAAUUUUUUGUGUUAAAAUUGCAAAAGAACAGUAUGGAAAAACUUGGUCACACUUGUUGUCUGCCAUCAGAAUACUACUUCUUAGUCCUUGUGGUUAUAUAUUGAAUACCGCUUUCAACCAAAAUCGUAGAUCAUUGAUCAUUUGUAUAUUCUCUUUUUACAGAAACGGGAAGCAACUGACAAUUAAUUGAAAAAUCGACAAAUUUAUUGUAUUUAAUUAGUCACAUGUUAGCAUAUUAAAUGGGGUUUAUGUCUUUAUUACCAAGAAAGUUAAUUUGCAUGUUUUGUGUUGAGAAAUUUGUGAAAUUAAAGCCCCGUUUACACUUCGCUCAAUUUUUGGUACCAUACCACUUUUUGGUUCUUGGACUACCUAAAUAGGUAGCUAAAUAGGUAGUCCAAGAACCAAAAAAGUGGUAAAGGUACCAAUUUUAUCCGUGCCGUACUAAAAAUUGAGUGUAGUGUAAACAGGGCUUAAAAUAAUUAAAAAGAUAUAUACCGUGUAAAUUACAUCAAUUCACAAAUGUUGAACCAAAAAUUGCAAAGAUACAAUUUACAUAACAAUACAACUGUCUGCUUUUUGGUUAAUAGUCGAAAUAUGUCUGACGAACAAGGGUGGGAUUGACUACAAAAUUUUUGUAGUUUGACUAUGUAGUCAGCUACAACUACUGCUAUUUUUGAACAAAGGUAGUUAGAUACUGACUACAGCUACUGCUUAAAAAAUGUAACGAACUAUUUCGCUAUGCUAUAUUUUUUAGUUUCACUGUAUUUGGAGCACAUCCUAACUCAGGCUGUAAUGUAAGCUAUAACAAAUCGACUUAUGAGUAGCACCAGUAAACACAAAGAACAUUUUUGUAAACACUACAGUGUUCAGGAGUGCAAAUUGACUAUUGAGGAUUGGUUUUAAGCAACCUGUGCCUCAAUAUCAUGCUAUUCUAUCAAGUUGCUAACAAUUUAAAAAAAGUAGCGAUUUGCUGUUUGAAAAGUAGUCAACUACUUGGCUACUUUUAGGUAAAAUGUAGUUUGCUAUAACUACAGCUACAGUUUUAAAAAUUAGUCAAAAACUACUGGCUACUUGAAAAUUGUAGUUCGCUACAGUAGUAAACUACAACUACUUCGCUACUACCCACCCUUGCUGACAAACAAACAAAUAAAAAAUGAAAGCAACUGCAAAAACAACCUACUUUUUAGCAAGUCGAUUUUCUCGCACAAAGCAUAAAGCCUCAUUAAUAUUAUUAUUGUGACUCAACCUAUGCAAAAUGGGUGAUUCUUGUUGGAUGCUGAUCCUCUUGUUGCGUUGGGCAUAUAAUAAUUAUUUGUCUCCAUGAUGUCCUUAAUUUUAUAGCUAUUGUAAACUAUAGCACACAGAAUUGUUUAAAUGCAGUUGUAAGCACUGAAUUAUUUGCGUACAGUUUUAAAAUUUCAUGUAACAUAUAGAUACAUGCGGUAGAUGAAGGCGAAAUGGAUGGCAACAUGGUCAUUGAGAAUCUUACUAUGCUUAACAUAAGGUACGAUGAGGUACAGCUCUCCAAUCAGAGGUAAUGAGGUACACUUUUGUCUUCUAAAUAUCCCUCAUCAAGCAUGCAAGGGGAAAAUUAAAAGAAAUCCUUUGUUUUCAACGAAAUAUUUAGAAAUUUAGAAGACAAAAGCAUAUGCAUGGGUAAUGAGGGAAAUACGCGAUUAAAAGUCCCUGUUGAAACAAAAGAAACCGAGGCUACUAUGCGUUUAUUUUAAAUAAGGACAAGGUAAGCAAAUUUACAAAUGAUUCAUUUCAAACUUUAAUAUAUUAAAUUUAUAGGUAUAAAAUAUAUCUUGCUUGCUCUUUAAUACCAUGAAUUUUUGAAAUGAAAACGUUAAACUUAUAGGUAACUAAGGUUCGAUGAGGUACACCUCUCCAAUCAGAGGUAAUGCGGUAUGCUUUUGUCUUCUAAAUAUCCCUCAUCAAGCAUGCAGGGGAAAAUUAGAAGACGAAGAAAUCCUUUGUUUUCAACUAAAUAUCCCUGUUUCCCGUGGAAAUUUAGAAGACAAAAGCAUAUGCAUGGGUAAUGAGGAAAAUAUGCAGUGCUGUAAAAGUUACAAAUUUUUUGGAACUAGUUACAGUUACAUUCCCAAAAAAGGAACUAAUUACUGGUAAAAGUUACACUUAAAAAAUGUAACUAGUUGCCGUUACAAAAUUACUUCAAUAUUUUUAUAACUAGUUACAAGUUACUUCAAGUAAGAAAAACCCAGUAUUUUUUCAACUUAAUGAUUAGUGGUCAGCAGAUUGACAUUAAUUAUUUGUAAGCAUUAUGUGACCUUACCACUAAUGGAUCUCUCAGCUGUGUUAAGCACUGAAGCAUGCGUUGUCAUAGAAAACCGUGAGGAGAAUUUCGAGAACUGAGAGGUGAAUUGUAAGUUUUAACUGCAAGAAUGUAACGAAAAAACUAACGUAAACGUUGGCUAUAAAAGUAACACGUUAUCGUUUCAUUUUAGGCCAAAAUGUAACUUGUUACAGUUACUCAAAAAGUAACGAUUACUUGUAAUUUCGUUACUUGUAACGAAGUUACUUACAGCACUGGAAAUACGUGAUUAAACAUCCCUGUUGAAACAAAGGAAACCGAGGCUACCAUGUGUUUAUUAUAAAUAAGGACAAGGUAAGCAAAUUUACAAAUGAUUCAUUUCAAACUUUAAUAUAUUAAAUUUAUAGGUAUAAGAUAUAUCUUGCUUGGUCUUUAAUACCAUGAUUUUUUGAAAUUAAAACGUUAAACUUAUACUUAAGGUUACAUCAUAUUGUCACUGCAUGCUCAAUUUUUUAGUUACGUUCCUCACAUUUGGUACAUGCAAUGAUAACUGUAGAAGCCACUGUUUUAACCAGAAUUCACCACCUUUUAACCUGUAGUCGCAAUGAGACAUCUUUUGAAAAAUAGCACCUCUUGCGCCAGGAGAUUUAACGACAGACCAUUUAACUCAGGAGCUCCCAAAAUAUAUUUCUCAUCUCGAAUGUCCAAAGAAGAAAAGUGUGUUCGCAUUUUUUGACAGCUAUUGUAUUCACUUUGAUAUAAAGCAGACAACUUGACUUAUCUUGUGCUGGUACAAGCGGUUGAGGAGAUGCUUCUAAAUUGAAAAAUAAUGCACUAAAUCGAAAAUGCGAACACACUUUUGUUCCUUUAUUAUUAACAUUGUGGUCAAGUUUGGGACAAAUCAGAUAAAACGCUCUGUAGUUAAACUCUUUUUUGUCAAGGAGAUUGGGUAAUUUUGCUUUGUCUUCAAAUGACCAUAUAAGAUUUGGUGAGGUUUCCACUCUUUCUAUCAUUUUCUCCACCCCCAAUGUUAAUCCACUUGUGGCCAAACUACAAAGUGUGAACUUUGCUGGCAUCAAAUAUCAAGGUGUGAAAUUCACUAAAGUACAAGUUAUUGUUCGGAGGCAUAUAUCAUUGUGACAACAUUAGAACGCUUAUAAUAUAGUAUUUACAGAGUCUCUCGAAGUUCAAGCUAUGCGCGAUGUUGGCUUCAGUGACUUUUCUACUGCAUUUGCAUUUUGGCUUAAUAGACCUUUCCUUACUAAUUGUAUUUAACCGCAAGAGGUCAGACCGACAAUUUGAGUCAAUCAUAAUUACAAGUUUCGCACAAAGCUAUUCAGUGGUCAUAGCAUUUUCUCCUAUAUCAUUACUUAUAGAUAUAUCAUUACUUUAUAUAAAUAUAUAAAAAAAAUUUUUGGACAAAAUCAUAGUCUCAUCAUAUAUUGUAACCUUAAUAACAUCUUUGUUCAAUAUUAAAUACACAGUACAAAAUCGUGCAGUGUUUCACCGUCUCGAGUUCUCUAACUUCUCUUGGCUCUUCAAUCUCUUUAAGACAACCAAGUUACUGGUUGCGGAACAGAAUCGUCUUUGUGAGGUGGUGCCUUGAACUGGGCUUUCCAAAGUUAAUGACAGCCUUAGAAUAUAGCUUUGAGUAAGAAGACAACCUCAGGUUUAGAUAUGUGUUAGCAACAUACUUCACCAGGCACAAUCUGUGGUCUUCAGUUGGCACUUGGCAUUUCAUUCACUGCCGCAGGUAGAUG